AUGUUCUCCUUCCUACCUAUAUUUUUUGUACAACGACAUUUUGAGUUUAAUAAUAUGUUUUUCAAAGAAAUGAAUAUUGAUGAAAUAAAUGAAACUCUAACAAAAAUAAUUGUUAAUACUGCAGGAAAACUUGCAAAAGAACCAAAUAAAAAUGUAUUUAUGAGACGUGCAUUUUGUAUUAAUUUUCUUCACUGUAGUGUUAAAGGUGACAAUAAAACAAUGUACAAGGCUGUUACACUGAUUAUUCUCGUUAUUAUUGGGGCUACGUAUGCCUCACGCUCAUUUAAUAUUCAACCAAAAAAACUUCAACGUCUUAGUUCAAGUUUUGGUCAACCAAAAGUUGGUCUUGAUGUCUGUCCAGAAUGUAUUGAAGAAUCUGUAGAAAUGAUCAACAUUUUGCUCAAUUUGAUUCUUGAUGAGGGAAUUAUAGAAUCCUGUAAUGCACUAUGUGGAGCUCUUGCCAAUAUAACUGGUUCUGUAAUUAUUGGUGAAUUUUGUACUGUUGUAUGUGACGCAGCAGGUAUUGACGAAUUUAUCAAAAUAAUUAUUAAAGUUGAUCUUGAUCCUAUUUGGUAUUGUGAAAUAAUUGAUCUUUGUCCAAUUAACGAUCAUGGUGAUGCUAAAUUUACAAAUUUUGGUGUUACACCAAAAAGUGCACCUGAUGGUUCAAAAUUUGUAAUUGACUGUUCUUUUAUUAGUAUUAAUGGUACUGGUACCGGUACAAUUAAUAUUGAAAUUGUUGAUCCUAAAAAUCGAUCUUCUGGUGAUCUUUUUUGGUUCGAAGCCCGAAAACCUGGUAUAUACCCAGAAAAAAUUGGUCUUCAAACAUUAUUUGAAUUUGAUUGUGAUCCUUCAAAAGAAGUUUGUGAUAAUUGGCCAUUAGGUACUUACAAUGUUACUGCACAAGUAUGCAAUGGAGAAUGUGGUUCACAACAUCCUCAUUCGUCUAUUUAUGAUACAGCUAAAAGCUCAUUUGAACUUACAAAGAAAAAAGUAUUUUUUAAAUAA